AUGAUUCGAGCUCCAUCCCCUGCCUCCGCCACUCUUACGACCAAGGACGACGUGACCAUGGUGUUUGCCGGAGCCGCCAAGUUUGCCCGCUAUUACUUUGACAGAGAGCCCGUGGUGGUGUUGGCCACAGCCCUCGGUGCUGUCGGCGUCCUCGCACCUCUUGUGGUCGUGCCCAUUCGCCGCAGCCUAGGGUACCCCACCGACCAGUACGAUGGCCCCAUCAUCCCCGACUCGUUGAAGCCCAAGCAAAACUAAACGCCAUUCCACAUCCCAAGGCGGUAUGUUGGCCUUCAAUGCGACGAAGCGUGCGUUGCUAGUGACUGUAUGCUGCCUGCGAUAUGUCUAUAAUGCGAAGAAACACCAAACCGCAGCCUCGUUUGACUUCAAAAAGGAAUGUUUCUCGUCCAUUAAUGUGAUGUUGAGGCGUGUAACUCCAUCGACACUUGGGCAUACCCUUGGUCCAUUUCCCCAAACAGACGCUCGUAGAUGACCCAAAACUCGGUCGCUGUCUGCAUCUCGGCAUGUCCA